AUGGCUUCUAAAGGUACUGUUUGUGCUGGAUGUUUUAAUAUAGUUGACAGUAGAAGACAUCUUAAAUGCAGUACAUGUGAUAGUGUGUAUGAUUUGAUCUGUUUAAACGUUACCAAAAAGCGUUUUAACAGCUUUUAUGGCGUUUCUAGUGAUAAGAAGAGAGAAUGGACUUGUCCUAAAUGUUCCAAUAAGCGUCCGAAAGGUUAUAACUUAAACACCCCGAUACGUAUGGAUAAAGAAACAUCUGAUCAGAUGAAUAAUGAAUCGCUGGCUACUAAUAAUGUCACUCAACGUUCUAAGUCAAGAUCUACUAAUCAGAUUAAUAUGUCUGAAGGCGUUGAUUUAAUAAACACUAUUCGUAACGAGAUUAGAACGACUAUACGUGAUGAGCUAGCACCUAUUAAAAAGCAACUAGGGGAUUUAAGAGACUCAGUUGAAUACAUGAGUAAGCAAUAUGAUGAUCUAAUCAAGACUAAUGAUGCAAUUAUAAACGACUAUCAGAAUUUGAAAACAGAAUGUCAACAGAUUCGAUCAACUGCAUCCGCCAUGGCAGUGCAACUAGAUACUAUAGAGCAAUAUCUACGGAAAAAUAACCUUGAGAUCCAGGUAUUGUUGGUUCCAAUUCGAUUGUGUAUGUGUCUGAGCUUCUCAUCUCCUUCUAAUAAAGCACUGCAUGCUGCUGCCAGAGCUAAGGCAAAGGAACUAUCCUACAAGUUUGUAUGGGUGAGAGAUGGGCGGAUUUUCAUGCGGAAAAGUGAAACAUCUGACUUCACACAUGUAAGGAAUGGGGAAGUAUUGGAAAAAUUGAAGUAG